UGUGUUAUUAUUUGUCUCUUUGCCAAUUUCAGUGGCUUAAAAGUCUCUGGUACGUUCAUUAGUAAACGGUUUUAUUUUGAACGUUUUUGUAACGGAAAUUUAUAAAACUACGUUGGUUAGCUUGACGCUGGUCCGCUAACUUCUGUGUGGUCAGCCAACCGAAGCAUGAGGUGUUUUGACUGUCCAUUUUUCCUCGGUAACGUUAAAUGACGAACAUGUCGUAAUCUGUGUGGUGAUAUGGUUGGUAUUUGCUUUUAUUUCAUACCAGUCGUUUGAAACGGAAACACCAGCGAACUCUUUUCUAUAUCCCCCACCUCCUCGACCAGCGUCCUGUGAACACCGCUAGCUAUGAUGUGACUGAAUAACUGCCGUCGUGGGGAGUUAUAAUUGACAUUACCAUAGCUGAAUGGCUACAACACCAGCUUGUCUGCCUUCAUUUAACGCGUGAAUGCUAUUAUUUCGAUAGACAUCUGCGCUCCGCUUCGGGAGGAACCGCUAUAAAUUCGUGGCGGAAAUAAACGAAGAGACUGCGUCUUCAGCGCUGUAGUUCACAAUCCGAGAAAGAUGUCUUUCUUCAAUUUUCGGAAGAUAUUCAAGUUAGGGCCCGAUAAGAAGAAAAAGCAGUAUGAACAUGUACACAGAGACGUUAACCCAGAGGAAAUUUGGGAUAUUAUUGGGGAACUGGGAGAUGGAGCGUUUGGGAAAGUGUAUAAGGCUCAGAACAAGCAGAAUGGGACCCUUGCUGCUGCCAAGGUUAUUGACACGAAGACAGAGGAUGAAUUGGAGGAUUACAUGGUAGAGAUUGACAUUCUGGCCUCUUGCAACCACCAUCACAUCGUCAAACUGUUGGAUGCCUUUUAUUUUGAAGGCAAACUUUGGAUUCUGAUUGAGUUCUGUGCGGGCGGUGCAGUGGAUGCCAUCAUGCUGGAACUAGAGAGACCCCUGACCGAGCCCCAGAUCCGUGUGGUGUGUAGGCAGACCUUGGAGGCCUUGUCUUACCUCCAUGAGAACAAGGUCAUCCACAGAGACUUGAAAGCCGGGAACAUUCUCCUCUCCUUGGAUGGAGACGUGAAACUGGCCGACUUUGGGGUGUCUGCUAAAAAUACCAAGACGUUACAGAGAAGAGAUUCUUUCAUCGGCACUCCGUAUUGGAUGGCCCCAGAGGUGGUAAUGUGCGAAACGUCCAAGGACCGUCCAUACGACUACAAGGCAGAUAUCUGGUCCCUCGGGGUAACCCUGAUAGAGCUGGCGCAAAUUGAGCCACCCAAUCACGAGAUGAAUCCCAUGAGAGUGCUGCUGAAAAUAGCCAAGUCCGAGCCGCCCACACUCAUGAAUCCCUCUCGCUGGUCAUCAGAAUUCAAUGACUUUCUGCGGAAAGCACUUGAUAAGAAUGUGGACAAUAGGUGGGGCACAGUACAGCUUCUACAGCAUCCCUUUGUAACUAGUGUAACUGAUAGCAAACCUCUCAGAGAGCUCAUAGCCGAGGCCAAAGCUGAAGUCACAGAGGAGAUCGAGGACAGCAAAGAGGAGGAGGAGGAGGAAGAGCCUGAUACGCCUCUGGCUGUUCCUGGCCACAAGCGAGCACCAUCAGAUGCCAGUGUGGCCAGCUCAGAGGAUGACAAAAUCCCACCAACUCCGUCCACGCUGGAAUCUGUUACAGAAAAGGUGGAGGCAGAGCCUGCUGAGGACAGGACCAGUGAUAAGCUCUCUGAUGAAGGACUUGGAACAAGUGAGGUAGACAAGACUGAGGAGGAGAAACUCAAUGAGGUGUCUGAUGCCAGUAAUGAAGACCUGGCCGCUGGGAUAAUAGAGCCCACCAAAGACUUUGUCUCACAAGAUCCUACAGAGGCUAAGCCAGAAGAUGGUCAAGAUGAAGAAAUUCCUGCUGAGCCUGUAGUAUCACAGCCAGAAGAACCCAUAGAUGCCGAACUUGACACAGAUGGUCAUGAAACAGAGGAGGACCAGAAGCAGACACAAGAACAGAAAAUGGAGAAUGAACCUACUCAAGUAACAGAAGAAGAAAGAAAGCUGGAGGAUGUGAAAGAAGAGGAAGAAAAAGAAGUAAGUAAAGAAGAAUCCAGGGAAUCACAAGAGCAACCUGAAGAUACACCUGAGGAAGCAGAAUCUAUAUCAGGAGAGGUAGCACAAGCAGAAGAAGAAAGCAAAGAACCAGGUGAGGAGAUGCCUCAACACAAAGUGACAGAGGACAGAAUAGAAGACAUAGCUAAUGGCACAGAUGUAAAUGUAAACACAGAGAAUAUGGAAUCAAAUGUAAAGGACAAAAACAUGAAUGGAGAGGCAGACACAAAUUCAAAUGUGGAUGACACCUCCACUAACAUCUUGUUGGAGAAGGGGACCAUGGAAAGUCACAUAGAGGGAAAGCCUGAGGAUGUGGCCCCAGAAGAGGCAGAGCAGCCUGAACAAGAGAAUCAGACCAGAGAGGAGACUGAAUUGGAGAAACAGGCACCAACUGAAUCCACUAAUGGAGUCAGUGAUGAAGUCAAAGUCAGCUCUGAGGAUUCAGAACAAGUGGAGCCUAAAGAUGUCCCUGUGAAGGAAGAUGAGAAGAAAGCUACCCAUGCCGAUGAGAGCGCUUCCCAAGAUGCCGUCUCUGUCCCGCAGAGUGAAGAAGAUUCUGAAACCAAGAUGGAGCAAGGAAGCCCUGCUGUGAUCAAGCCAGAUGUUGAGAAGGACUCUGACUCUGGAAGCAGCUCUGCUGCUGAUAGCAAUAGCCUGGACCUGAAUCUGUCUAUUUCUAGCUUCCUGUCCAAGAGCAAAGAAGGGGGCUCUAUUUCUAUGCAGGAGUCAAAACGUCAGAAGAAGACUCUGAAGAAGACACGCAAGUUCAUGGUGGAUGGUGUGGAGGUCAGUGUGACGACAUCAAAGAUAGUGACAGAUAACGACACCAAGAGCGAGGAGAUGAGGUUCCUGAGGCGGCAGGAGUUGAGAGAGCUGCGCCUCCUGCAGAAAGAGGAGCAGAGGGCCCAGCAGCAGCUGAGCAACAAGCUGCAGCAGCAGAGAGAGCAGAUCUACCGGCGCUUUGAACAGGAAACUACUGCUAAGAAGCGUCAAUAUGACCAAGAAGUGGAAAAUCUUGAGAAGAAGCAGAAGCAGACCAUUGAGCGACUGGAACAGGAUCACACCAGCCGGCUCAGAGACGAAGCCAAACGCAUCAAAUCGGAUCAAGACAAAGAGCUCUCUAAGUUCCAAAACAUGCUGAAGAACCGCAAGAAAGAGGUCAAACAGGAAGUUGGACAGUCACCCAAACACAUGAGAAAAGAGCUCAUGAAACGCUUAAAGGAGGACCUAACGCUCCUUAAGACUGCAGAGGCAGUGGCCCAGGUUAUGAUACAGUCUUUUCAGUUGUCCUCAUGCGCACUCUUCAACGCUCAGAUGCAGGAUGAGCAGGAGUUCCUACAGAAGCAGCAGCAAGACCUGGACGGAGCUCUAAAGAAAAUCAUCCAGCAGCAUAAACUGGAGAUCGCCACUAUUGAGAGAGACUGCCUCAACCACAAGCAGCAGCUCAUGAGAGCUCGAGAGGCAGCCAUGUGGGAGCUGGAGGAGCGCCACCUGCAGGAGAAGCACCAGCAGCUGAAGCAGCAGCUGAAAGAUCAAUACUUCCUGCAAAGACACCAGCUGCUGAAGAGGCAUGAGAAAGAGAUGGAGCAGAUGCAGCGCUACAACCAGCGGCUGAUAGAGGAGAUGAAGAACAAACAGACUCAAGAGAGGGUUCGUCUGCCCAAGAUCCAGCGCAGCGAGGCAAAGACCCGCAUGGCCAUGUUCAAGAAGAGCCUCCGCAUCACUGCCACUGCCACUGUCACCCCAGAGCAGGAGAGAGAACGGAUAAAACAGUUUGCUGCUCAGGAAGAAAAGAGGCAGAAGAACGAGAGGCUCCAUCAACACCAGAAACAUGAGAACCAGAUGAGAGAUCUGCAGCUGCAGUGUGACUCAAACAUCAGGGAGCUGCAGCAGCUACAGAAUGAGAAAUGCCACCUUCUGAUUGAACAUGAGACCCAAAAGCUGAAGGAGCUGGAUGAGGAGCACAGCCAAGAGAUAAAGGAGUGGAGAGAGAAGCUCAGACCCAGGAAGAAGGCGUUAGAGGAGGAGUUCACACGGAAGCUCCAGGAGCAGGAGGUCUUCUUCAAGAUGAGCGGUGAAUCUGAAUGCCUUAACCCCACCACCCAGAGUCGAGUAUCCAAAUUUUACCCCAUCCCAAACCUGCACAACUCCGGUUUAUAGCCUCACGUGUGUCUAUGCUGCAAAACAGACUCCCGUCAAACUCGGCUGCGCUCACAGACGCUUCCUGGUGGAGCGAUAUCAUUUCUCUGACCGUUACUGAUAAACAUGAAUAUCUCUUCACUGCUAUGAUUCCACCAUAAGUGAGCAUGAUGUGCCUACACACGCACUUAAUCAUUUUUUCUCAGCUUGUUGAGAAAUUGUCCAAUGGAUAAUAUGCACUUUUUUGAGCAUGUUCAAAAUUUAAAAGUCUGCAGUUGGUAGCUAAGGCCAAUCAUGCUUAUCAGAUUAUUGUAAGCACAGCCUGCUACAGUAUGAAUGAUCUCCAGUGCCUCAUAUAUUCCUUUUCCUGCAUUUAGGCACUUCCCUGUGUUUUCUACAGCUUGCAGUAAAUACAGUGCCCCCUGAAUGUGUUGCACUUCAAAAACUGGUUAUCUUUUCCACCCGUAACCAUAAGAUGUAGAGAGAUUAUUUUCGUUAUUUCAUAUGAGCUGGUGAUUAAGCCAACUCUGAGAUCUUGUUUUCAAAGGGAGCUGUACUGAUGAGUCAGUGGACUUUGUUAUGGUCGUGUAGUCUUACGUGCGCAGUGUCUGUUGUUGCCAUGAGAGCCAAAAAUAGCAUCAUGUUGGGAUCAUAAGGCUGUGAGUUAAAAUGAAAAGGAAUGUACUUGUGUUGUAAAUGAGUGAAACGUUACAUGUCUGUACCUAAAUAUGAAGUUUAAUCCAAUCCGGUGCUUACCAUGAGGAUUUUACAGUCUAGAGAGAUGAAUGAACAAAAAUAUAACUAUUUCUUUAGAAUUUCAUUUCAUUUCAGUGCUGUACUCGCAAACAUACAUUUCCCUCUUUAGUUAAACAUAGGUGACCUGUUUCUUCCUGGAGAGCAAUCAAAUCCUUUUUUUAUAUAUAUAUAUUAAAGAAAUCACUUUACCUUCUGAGGGUUAUAUUGAGCAGUGCGGUGAGGUAUGAACACAAAUGGUUACUAAAGGAAUGUUAAGCUGUUGAUUUGCACUGUUCUGCCACAUGAGCUAAAGAAAAAAAAAAAUGCAGUUAUAAACUAUCAAUGUAUUCCUGACAGCGAGUCACCCUUGUGUCACCCAAGCCUAUUCAAACUCCAAACUGACUGAAUUUUUUCAACAUUUUUGCCUGCUUUUUUUUUAAAUAUAAUUUUACCUUUUUUUUUUUUUUCAAAUAUGCCCUUGUAUUUUAUGACCACAUCUAGUUUUCUAAACACGUAUUCCUGAUUAUAUUGAUGCUGUAAUUGCUCUUUAUGGUGAGCUUUUCCUCUUAUUCAUAGCAGCGUUGUAUGAAAGGUGAAAUGCUGUAUCUGUAACUGUAUGAAUUUCAAUGUGUGUGGAGACGUCCUUCGCUGUAUUUUAUGAGUAUUGAUGGUUCAUAAAAAGAGACCUAUUUCAAGAUAAAGAUACCUGAUUAGUUUAUUUUGACACUGCAUUUCAUCAAUGCAUGUUCAUUUCUGUAUGCUGACAUUAGCAUUGACUAGUGUUUUGUCAUGAAUGCUGGAUUUUUAUUGGGGUUAUUGGAGACUGUGUCUUGUGAAUUACACCAUACGCCCCAUAGAUUUCAAAUAUUUUUUUAUUUUGUUAAGUUACAGCAUUUUAAUGUGUCGGUGUCAUUCUACCACAAUGGAUAUUCUUAGUAUAUGCAUUUUUGAUGUCAGAUCAAAUGUAUUUAAAGUGUCUUUACAAAUAGACAUUUUUGGUUGUAAAUAAAAUAUUGACUGUU